UUUCGCGGAUGUACAAGAAACAGCAACGUUCGUGCAAGUGCCAUUCGGUUAUUACACUGUUGCUGGCUAGGGUGGGUUAGGUAGAUAGGUAGCCAGGUAGGUAGGUAGGUAGGUAGGUAGGGAAGCAGACAGGUAGGCAGAUAGGUGGGUGCAUGUACGUAAUCACAGGAAGAGAAUACUUUCACUGCCAGAGCAUUCGGGAAAGACAAGAAGAAGACUAGGCAUAAAUGGGAACGACAAGGACGGUGAGAGUGAAAUGGAUGGAGGUAUAUCGGUGCAGUACUGUACCGCUCCUUCCGACUAUCAUUACCGACUCCAUAGCGGACACUCGACCAUCGUCGCGUCACCCGGCGACGAGCUUCCAAUACCCAGAGAAUUCUUCUGGUAAUGGAAUUUUGGCAAUAACAGAACUUUUAUCGCGAACGGUUCUCGUGAUACAAUCGACACGCUCCGGGAGUCGUUGACGAGUUCUACAAUCUUUCUUACGUGUGGAAAAUACUUGAAAUACGUAUCCCUCUCUCAACGAUGUGUAUUUACUUAUCGGGCAGUGACAAAGUGUAAUCUUGAUCGAAUCGUGGGAGACGUAUCAUUGACACGUCAAGAAAAUAACAGUGAAAAGUACAAUUUUUGCGCUAAAAAUAGUGUUCUUGUAUAUGUAACGUGUAUAAUGCUUCUGUUUAGGGAUCAUUAUUACGCAAAGACUGUUAUAAAAACUUGCUCUACACAAUAAUAAAUUCAAUGAAGUUGAUUAUACGAGAAUACAAUAGAGAAUGGAAAUAUUGCAAACGAUAUUAAUUCUUUAUGACUUUAUGACGCACAACGCGCCCUUGAUAAAUUCCCGGUAAACUACAGCAUCAGCAAAUGCUCAUAGCAUUGCUACAGCAGUGCAAAUGGAAAAAUCAUUAACCGGUUUCGAUCGACCUCAGAUUGGAAAAAAAAGAAACCGUACUGUUCCGCGAUAAAAAAAACUUCCGAUGAUACGAUUUCUUGUCCGUGAUAGAAAACUUCUGACAGAGAUGAAAAAACGUUUUCGUUGCGUCGCAAACAUCGAGAGAUCAAUGCCAACUUAUAACGAUGUAUAACAUAAGUUAUAACGUAUAACUUAAUGUAAUAACUGAAUAUAAAAAAUAGUGUGCCUAUCUAGUGCGUCUAUGCCGUGGUAUUUGCAUGAAUUCGGCGUUGAUCGAUAACCCGGCGUGGGGGUCUUUAAUCUUUAAACGUUUCUACGCGAUGUGCGUAGUAUGAGUAUCGGUAUCGUAAUAGCACUAAUAUAGCCAAUACCGUUGUUAGUUAUCUCGACUUAUUUCGAACUGAUUUCUUGAAAUAAUACUAUCAUAAAUACAUUGACAUUAAAACCAUUACGUCUUCCGCAGCGUUAGAGACUCGCGUUGAAAAAUGACAUUUCACGUCCUUAAGUAAUUACGACAAGGAAGUAGAUCCUAACUGAUACAAAUUCAAUAUAAACGUAUAUUUUGAUUAUAUUUGUUUUUAAACAAAUUUCUCUCAAACACGACAGACAUUGAAUUGCUGAGUGCGCACGCACCGAAUAACAUUAAUGCUCCCGUGCAUAGUACUCCACAAAGCACUAUUUAUUCUCAUCAUUGUGCGCCAAUAAGGAAGUCUUUGGAAGAAGAGAUUUUUGAGAAAAUUAUAAUACACGAAACUAGAAAAUAGAAAUUGCUCGCCGGAAGUUGUGAAAGUUACAAAAUUGGAAUUAUCUUGGCGAUUACAGGUACGUGGACAAGGCAGUAUGGAAGCAAUCUAUCGAAAUCAAUGGAAGCGUCAUGAAAGGUAUAAACGGCGACGUGUCCUUCAAUGUUCGUGAGACUGAAAAGAUUAUAAAGGCAUAGAACUACCAUUACACGAAGCAUCCCCGUACGACAAGCACGAGAAAGCUCAAUGUGAGACAGGGAGAAAGAUUAAACUACAAAAUACUAGAAAUUCUGAGGGUGGACGUCGUUUCUCGCCGGAAUGGUUUUCAGCGCGAUAGUGGUAACGUCGGCUUUAAAGGGCGCUAUCGGCUUGAUGGGUACAGGUUUAUGGCUCGUACCAUUGUUAAUCGCGGGUCUCUCUUAUUAUCGUUACGAUCAGUUGGACCCCGAGAGUCGACUCGUCGACAAAUAUCCUCUCUACUCCGCGUAUGAUUUCAUCGUGAUCGGGGGUGGAUCGGCUGGAGCGGUAAUUACCAGUCGACUCUCGGAGAUACCAGACUGGAACGUUCUGUUGUUAGAGGCCGGACCAGACGAGAACGAGAUUACAGACGUGCCGUCUUUGGCCGCGUACCUACAGUUGACCAAGUUAGAUUGGAAGUACAAGAUCGAGGCUACGGGUAAGGCUUGCUUGGCUAUGAAGGGCGGCCGAUGCAAUUGGCCUCGUGGUAAGGUUUUGGGGGGAAGCAGCGUUCUUAACUACAUGUUGUACGUGCGCGGUAAUAAACACGACUACGAUCAUUGGGAGUCGCUGGGUAAUCCCGGCUGGGGAUACGAUCAAGUUCUCUACUACUUCAAAAAGUCGGAAGACAAUAGGAAUCCAUACCUGCGGAGGAGUCCUUAUCACGCGACCGGCGGUUAUCUAACGGUUCAGGAGUCGCCGUGGAAGACACCCUUGGUGGUCGCUUUUGUACAAGCCGGCGUUGAAAUGGGAUACGAGAACAGGGACAUAAAUGGCGAAAGGCAGACGGGUUUUAUGAUCGCGCAAGGAACUAUUCGCAGGGGAAGCAGAUGCUCCACCGCGAAAGCUUUCCUACGGCCUGUACGAUUACGUAAGAACAUUCAUACAGCUAUGAACAGCCACGUGACGAGAAUCGUGAUCGAUCCAUUGACUAUGCGAGCGACUGGCGUCGAGUUUGUCAGGAACGGUCGCAGACAGAUAGUGAAAGCGCGCAAGGAGGUGAUAUUAUCAGCGGGUGCCAUCAACAGCCCUCAGAUUUUGAUGCUCUCGGGGAUCGGACCGAAGAAGCAUCUACAACACGUUGGUAUUCCUGUUAUCAAAGAUCUUCAAGUCGGCGACAAUCUUCAGGAUCAUAUAGGCAUGGGCGGUCUGACUUUCUUGAUCGAUAAGCCGGUCGCCAUAGUUCAAGAUCGUUUUCAGGCGGUCCCGAUGAUGAUGCACUACGUAGUUAACGGCAGAGGCCCCAUGACGACUUUGGGUGGCGUUGAAGGUUAUGCCUUCGUAAAUACCAAGUAUGCCAAUCGCUCUAUCGAUUAUCCGGAUGUGCAAUUCCACAUGGCGCCAGCCUCCAUUAAUUCCGACGCAGGGGCGCAAGUUCGUCAAGUUUUAGGACUGACGGAUGAAGUGUACAACACCGUCUACAGGCCGAUUAGCAAUCGAGACGCCUGGACCAUCAUGCCUCUUCUACUGAGGCCCAAGUCUCGCGGUACUAUACGCUUGAGAAGCGCCAAUCCUUUUCACAAUCCUAUCAUCAACGCGAAUUACUUUUCCGAUCCCAUGGACAUUGCUAUUCUGGUGGAAGGUGCAAAACUUGCAAUCAAAGUAAGCGAGGCGAAGGUCUUUAAACAAUUUGGCUCGAGAAUUCAUCGCGUCAAGCUGCCGGGAUGCAGACACCUCAAAUUCGGUACCGACGCCUACUGGGAGUGUCACAUUCGACACAUCUCUAUGACAAUCUACCACCCCGUAGGCACCGCCAAGAUGGGACCGCCUAGCGAUCCCACCGCUGUAGUGGAUCCGAGAUUGCGCGUUUAUGGUGUCGCGGGUCUUCGAGUUAUCGACGCGUCCAUCAUGCCAACGAUAUGCAGCGGCAACACAAACGCUCCUAUCAUUAUGAUCGGCGAGAAAGGUGCUGAUCUCAUUAAGCAAGAUUGGUCGGCCGACCAUCGUCGGCAGCUACGCGCGAAAGUAUAAUAGGUGCGAGCGCAAAAGGGGCUGAGAAAAAAGCGAUUUGGAUUAUAAUACCGCGUCGACUUGUUUGCAUCAGAUUUGUUUCGCGAAAAGCGUAUCGCGCAGAAGCGCGUAUUAUUUCUAAACGAAAGAGAGAAAGUUUACAAAGACGUUCCAAAAUUUUAAGCUGUAAUAUUAUUUACGUGCGAUGUGUUACGAGAUUGACGUGUCUAACCCCAAUCAACUAACUAACCGAUAUAUCGACCAAUAAUAUGUUUGCUCUUCUAAUUUCAUGCGCAUGUCUCUCGAUAAAUAAUUCAUACGUAUUCCAUGCGCACAUUAUUAUAUGUACGGCGCAAUAAAAGCUAGCUAUACGGUAUGUAAGCAGUAUAUUAAGAGCUAGUCUUGAUUAUCUAAAAUUGUAUAAUUAUAGGACUACACGGGAAACCUACUUGAUAAGUUUGAUAUUAAUAGAUCAUUGUGCAGAAAUGCACAAUGAUCCGAUGAUAUUUUACAUAUUCCUUAAGUCCGUUUAAUAACAGUAGAUAUGUUUAUCGUGUAAAAACGUAAUUUAAAAAAAAAUUGAAGCAAGGAUGAUAUAAGAAAGAUCGAUAUAAUCGGCGAGAAAAAUGGAACUUGCACGUAAUAAUAAAACUAGGCCAGUUCAGAGUAAACAGUCACGAGGUAAAACAUAAAAACGAUUAAAUGUGUCGCGUACAUUUCUCAGGUGCAACAUUAUUAAAGUUUCUCGAUUUCCUUCAACGUGCCAUAUGAUGACUCUAGCGUUUUCUAUAGCAUUGAAUAAGUCAACUUGUAAGUUUCAUUACCUAAACGCAUGUAUAUUAAUGUAUACUUUUAUAAUAUUACGAGAGAAAAUAUAACUGAUAAUUCUUCGUCGUGAUUCUUUGAGUGAGAUUACACGUUGCUACUUGUUACUUUGUUGCCUAUUAUAUAGUCACACGUUAAAUUAAUCUAAAGAUUAAGUGAGCAACUAUAAGAAUUGUUAAGAAUUGCGUUUCGCGUUGUAAAUUGUACGUU